CCACCUCACUCCAUCACCUACCAUGGACAUUGACGGCGGCCUACCCUGGGACGCAGACGACAGCGGGCCGACCGCUCCGCCUCCGCCCGCCCCGGCGCCGGACGACGUGGACAUGCUCGACCGGCCGCUGGACGACUUUGUGCCGCGCGAGCGCGGUGGGCGCGCCCGCUCGCCCGUCCCCGAACAUGUACAAGCCCUCAUGGGCCGCAUGGGCAAGGGCAAAGUAUACCUUGCAGAGGAGACACCAGGGAUUAUCCACCACGACGCGGAGCGGCGGAUCGCGCGCGACCCGCGCCUCACGCGCCUUGCGCUCGAGCUGGACCGGCAAGAUCCUACCGAGUGGCUGGCGGCCGUGUCCGCCGGUGCGGGGAGCACGAUACGGCCGAACGCGCUCUUCGUCUCCUCCGAGCUCAUCAAGCACCUCAGCACCGCCAAGGUGUUUACGUGGGCGAGCGAGUUUGGCGUCGGCAUCAUGGGGAUUGAGUGGCUCAACGACUCGACGCUCAUCCUCCUCUUUCCGACGCCGGCCGCCGCCCUCCUCUCCCUCAGCAUGCUGGCGAAAGCAGGAUUCGACCCUACGGACGGCGACGAUCCGCUCGAAGAGCGCGCGGCGCACGGCUUCCCCGCCUCGCUCCUCCCGCGCCGCUCGCCCACGCCCGAGCCCGACCGCCGCGUCGCGGAUCUCGACGCCGAGCUCGAGGGUCUCGCGGAGGCGCGCGAGGCUGAGGACGGUACCGGUGGCGGUGGCGGUGACAGUGGCGGCGCGGGCGACCCCGACGCUCCCGUACGUAAAGGCCGCGGGGCGUUCCGCGCGUCGCGCGGCUCGGCGAACGGCGCCUUCGACCUCCCCCCGCUCGCGGGGCAGAGCACACCGCGCUUCGCGGAGGGUGUGGAUCCCCACGCGCGCGUGACGGUGCGGUAUGCGACGACCGACGACACGAAGCACAAGCGCGGGGCGGGCGAGUCGUCGUGGUAUGCGAAACACGGGCGGGCCGCGGGCAAGGAGACGGCGGCGCGGCGCAGCGGCGGCGGGCGGUGGGAGGAGGCGCGCGACCUCAAGGACCGUGUCGGGACGCGUGGGGAGGGGCGCGAGUUUGCGCGGCGUAUUGGCGCGCGCGAGGAGCGGGAGCGGGAGCGGGAGCGCGGUGGGCGGCGGUCGCGUGUCGAAGACCUCGAUGCGGAUUUGGAGUGGAUGGCCCGGAGGCGCGAGGGCGAGGACGACGGGCGCGGUUACGGGCGCAGGUAUGGCGAGCGGAAAGAGGGGGGAGGUGGACGGCGCGAGCGCGGCGAGAGGGCGCCCCGCCGUCCCCGUGCCAACCAGGACGACUUGGAUCGUGAAUUGGACGAGAUGUUUGCGUCGCGCGGCGACGACUAGUGGUUUUAUGUAGCAUGCAACCAGUGUUCACC